CCUGCGGUUGGGAACCAUUGCACUAGGGACUUCCAAUUGUGCCUCCUAUUGUAGAACUGAAGAAUGACAGUGAUUGCUGAUUGUUAAUGAAGGCAGGCUACAUGAAGCAGGAUAGGUUUGCUGAGCUUCUGCAUCAAGAUUUUUUGUUUCUUUCUUGGGUUUGUCAAGGAAAACAAGGCAAAUCUCAGGCUGAGGGGCUUAAACAAAGUGGGACAGGCCAUGCUAUUUUCUACUUGCUACUAUCCAUUUUCACAUUCAUGAGAUUCUUGUUCAUGAACUGCCAGCACUGUGUCCUUCCUGCCAUCUAGAUAGCUUGGAGGAUAACUCUAGUGUCUGCUACAAUUCACAAUUAUAUACCAUCUCUAGUCUUUAAGAGCUGUAUACCUCUGAAUUAACAGUUACUAAAGAGGGCUAGAACCUCCAUGCCUGGAUUUUGGACUCCUUAAAACAUAAGAAUGCCUUCUCCAGAGAGACUUGCCUGGCUCCUACUUCUUCUUUUCCGCACCAGUCAAACAUUUUAACUCUCUCAGGCUUUCUAGGAGCCUUUCAGAAGCUUUUAAAAUACAUUUUGCGGUGUCCUCUUGUAAAAAGCCCAAGUGUAAGCAUUGGUAGCCUAUAUCCCUGUUCUAUCAUAUACCACCCCAUAGAUGCUAGUCUUUCCCCAGAGCCUCACCCCUACAGUCUUCCUGUUCGUGUACAAAAAGCAGGUGGGAUUCGAUCUGCCCUUGGAGAUUGUCCCACUAUCCCAAAUACAUUUGUCUUGCUUUGGAUGUCCGUUUGGGUUCUUUGUCUCCUCAGCUCUGCCUGCAACAGGUAUAAUUUUGCCCUCAGCAUUGCAAUGUGAACACAAUUUCCAGGAUUAGAACACUAAAUGUUUGUUUAAACCCAAGUCAGACUUGCAUAUGGACAAGGGGAGGCUGAAGUACUGAUUGAAAUCUCAUUAUCACUUCUGUCACAAUGAAAUCUAUGGAAGAUCAAGUUGUACAUGAAGAAUCAGGAUACCAAGAUGAUGAGGAAUCCUUUUUCCAGGACAUUGAUCUAUUACAGAAGCAUGGAAUCAAUGUGGCUGAUAUAAAAAAACUGAAAUCAGUAGGAAUUUGUACAAUCAAAGGGAUUCAGAUGACAACAAGAAAAGCCUUAUGCAACGUGAAGGGACUCUCAGAGGCCAAAGUAGAGAAGAUAAAGGAGGCUGCCAACAAGCUUAUAGAACCAGGAUUUUUAACCGCUUUUGAAUACAGUGAGAAGCGAAAGAUGGUAUUUCAUAUCUCCACUGGAAGUCAGGAAUUUGAUAAACUCCUAGGUGGUGGGAUUGAAAGCAUGGCAAUCACAGAAGCCUUUGGAGAAUUCCGAACAGGCAAAACUCAGCUUGCUCAUACUCUUUGUGUGACAGCUCAACUUCCAGGAACAGAUGGCUACACUGGUGGGAAGAUUAUCUUCAUUGACACAGAAAACACCUUUCGUCCAGACCGUCUUCGCGACAUCGCUGAUCACUUCAAUGCAGACCAAGAUGCUGUUCUUGACAAUGUACUCUAUGCACGAGCUUAUACUAGUGAGCAUCAGAUGGAAUUGCUUGACUACGUUGCUGCCAAAUUCCAUGAGGAACCUGGCAUUUUCAAAUUACUGAUAGUAGAUUCCAUUAUGGCACUAUUCCGUGUGGAUUUCAGUGGUCGUGGGGAACUAGCUGAAAGGCAACAGAAGCUUGCUCAGAUGCUGUCAAGACUUCAGAAAAUAUCAGAAGAAUAUAAUGUGGCUGUGUUUAUGACCAACCAGAUGACUGCCGAUCCAGGAGCAACUAUGACCUUUCAGGCAGAUCCAAAAAAACCCAUUGGAGGUCACAUCCUUGCUCAUGCUUCUACAACAAGGAUAAGUUUACGAAAGGGAAGAGGAGAGCUGCGCAUUGCCAAGAUAUAUGACAGCCCGGAAAUGCCUGAAAACGAAGCCACAUUUGCAAUAACUGCUGGAGGAAUUGGAGAUGCCAAAGAAUAGACAGAUGUUGGUGGUGAAGAACUGAGGCACCUAGCCAGUUCAACCACACCUAAAUUUACUCAGUUCUUGAUUACAGUACUUGUGUUUUUAUUGUAUCAAAUUCAGACUGUUCAGAUUUACGCCUUCUUAACAUUACUAUUGGGAAUAAUGCACUCUCUAGAAGUUGCUGAAAAUGAUAGCUUCAUCAAGAUAGAAAGCCGGUCAUCUAAUGGCCUUGCUACAGGCAACAUUUGUUUUUGUUUUUUGCAUGGCAACACAGACUCUGAACAAGGCAGAAACUGACUCCCCAUAGAUAGGCUUUUCAAGAGAUGAAGAGGCACCAGUUGUCAUGAGUGUUCAGAAAAUACCUUAGACAAUUAUUUAAGAGUACACAGAUUUGAUUGUCACUUUGUUAUUUUUCUCUGAUUUAUGUCUUACUUGUGAAAAUUACACAGGAACCCAUGGGCUUGCUGCCUAUGUGUCUGCAGUUUUACCAUUUAUGCAUGUAAGAUAUAAUGUAACAGUAUGGAUGUUAAUUCCAUUAAUUAAUAUUAACUGAUCAUUUUAAAACACACACUGUAUACAUCAUUGGAGACAGAUCCAGAUAAAGCACAGCUGGUAUGGGAAACUGAAAAUGGAGUGGGAGGAAUGGAAACUGUUUGCAAAGCUUUUAAAAUUAAAUGAGCCUUAACAGGUUUGUUUAAAUUAAAUGGGUAUCCAUAAAUAGCCAUAAAUAGCAACAGUUGGCAGAUUUUAAAUUGUAUAAAGUAUUAAAUUACAAUGCCCCUUCCAUCUGCUUAUUUUUAAUUUGCCCACUUCUCUUUCCUCCAUACCAGUACAUGUACUUAUUACAUGAUCCCUCCUUUUUCUCUGGUGCAGCUAUAAUGUCACAAGCAUUAAAUUCUAUUUUAAACUAACUGUAGUUUGUUAUCUUGUGUUAAAGUAGGACACCAUGAGGUGUACAAUCUUCAUCAAUUUUGUCCUUUCCAGAAGUAUGGGAUUACAGCUCCCAUCAUUAGUAAUCUAACAGGUAUGAAGGGCACUACAGCUUUUUUUAAAGCAAAGAUAAACUCUUAAGAACACCACAGCAAUACUGGUCUGACUUCCUCAUCUAGCGUUCUGUGCAUAUGGUGGAAAAUCUUUGGGAAGCACAGUAGCAAUCUUCUACUAAAGUCCUCAACACCUGUUUUGGGAAGCAUGUUUUUCUUAUGUGCACCUAAACAUAUAGCAACCCUAAUAGGAUUUUCAAGGUUUUUAUAAUUGCACAAGAGUUCAGUGAGGUUAUUAUGCUGGCUGAGCAAAUCAGCAUUCUACAAGGCAAUUUUAAAAAUGGGGGAGCCCAAACAAAAAAAUUGUAACUUUGAAACUGGACUUCAGAACAGCACCAAUUUCUGCACACAUGUAGCAAACAGCCUGCAUUUUGUGUGUGCCAAAUUUGAGGAAGUUUGGGCAAAGUGUUUUUGACAUUUUUUUAAAAAGUAAAAUUGUCAC